AUGCUACGCCCCUGUGCUGCGUGUAUGGGGGAAGAAGAGCGUCCGAACAGUGAGCAUCCGCGACGUGUAUAUUUAGUAAUUGAGCUGCUACGCCUCCGUGCUGCGUGUAUAGGGGAAGAAGAGCGUCCGGACAGUGAGCAUCCGCGACGUGCAGUUAGAGAAAGUCCUGACUUAAAAAGACGAGUAAAUUAUAAAGGAGAUGAUGAUAGCAUAUAUGAAGUAGAGGAAUUGUGUGUCAAUAUUGGUGAGUUUCCUGCAUUACUCGGUACUGUCAAAACAGCAAGCUUUUUGAGAUACCUGACCCCACCAACUAUUCUAAAACCUGCUCUCCAUAUUAAUGACCUCAAAGUAAUACUUACGGAGUAUUCAGAUCUAGAAGCUAACAGUAUUCUGAACGCAUUGUUUGAAAGUAAACAAAUUGGAAUCGUAGCUACUCCAGUCUCGGAUAUUACCAAAUUUGGAUGA